AUGGCGACCGCUGGAGCGGCGCGGCCGCAAGUGCGCAAGCGCGCGCUGCAAAGCCGGCCUCGGCUCCGCGCAGCUGCCGGGAUCCGGGGGAGACGGCGCGUGACCCGCCGGGGCCGAAGCGGGGUCGGACGCUGGCUUCUCGGCCCCUUCCGCCGGGAGCGGCCGGCCUGGGUGGGCCGAGCCGGCGCCUGGCGAGCGGCUGCAUCCCGGCGGCCUGUCCUCGGCGCGACCCGACCGGACGGCCGGGGGCGGGGCUGCCAGAUCCCUGCCGGGCGAGCCCGGGCAGUGCCGAGCGCAGUUCGCAAGACACGUGUGUCCGCCACCAUGGCCAUGAACCUUCUGGAGGACUGGUGCCGGGGGAUGGAAGUGGACAUCCACAGGUCCCUGUUGGUCACGGGCAUCCCCGAGGACUGUGGUCAAGCAGAAAUUGAGGAGACUUUGAAUGGGGUCCUCUCCCCGCUGGGCCCAUACUUCGUGCUCAAUAAGAUUUUUCUGAGGGAGGAGAAUGCCAAAGCCGCCCUCAUUGAGGUCGGAGAGGGUGUGAAUCUCAGGGCCAUACCCAGGGAAUUCCCAGGAAGGGGGGGCGUCUGGAGAGUGGUUUGUAGAGACCCCACCCAGGAUGCUGAGUUUUUAAAAAAUCUGAAUGAAUUCCUGGAUGCCGAGGGGCGCACCUGGGAGGACGCGGUCCGCCUCCUCCAGCUCAGCCACCCCCCACGGCCCCAGAAUCAGCCCCCAGAGAACUGGGCAGAAGCUCUGGGGGUGCUCCUGGGGGCAGUGGUGCAAAUCGUCUUCUACACGGACGCCGAGAUCCGCGGCCGCGAGGAAGCUAGGGCUCGAGAAGUGGCUGAUGCCUGGGCAGUUUCAGAAGCCUCAGCCCCAGCAGUGCGGACGAAGGUCAAGAAGGCGCCAGGGCGGCCUGCCGAGGUAGGUUCAGCUUUGAAGAUGGAGAAUCCCGACGGCUGGAAUGACCCGGAAAAUGAAGGUGACCCCCCCAAACCCCUGGUUCGCCAGGCUGGAGCUAAAAGUCGCUCCAGGAGAAAGAAGCAGAAGAAACCCCCCAAGCAGGAGUCAGUGCUCUGGAAGAAGCCCAAAGGCCAUCAUUCCAACAGCUCAGCCUCCUUGGAGGAUCCUGAGGCUGCUGGUGCUGAAAAUAUGGAGGUCUCAGAAUCCAUCAGGAGCAGCAGAAAGCCCUGUGUGAAGCAGGAGGAGUCGGCUUGGAAGAAGCCUGUGGCGACAUGUGCCUGGAAGGCUCCCAGCAGCCCGUCCCAUGAUGCGGGGUCAGAAGCUGUGAGCCCUGGGGUCGCUUCCCAGUCAGACCAAGAUGGUGGCCAGGAGGGCCCCCCAAAGAAGAAGGCCAUGGGCUGGGCCUUGGGAAAGAGCCCUGCCUCCAUGAGAAAGAAGAAGAAGGUGAGCUUGGGCCCUGUUUCGUACGUCCUUGUCGAUUCAGAAGAUGCCAAGAAGAAGCCAAUGAUUGCGAAGAAAGGGCCGGGUUCAAGAAGAGGUGGCUCAGGUCAGAAGGCCCUCCGAGGCCCCCAGCCGGUGGCGUUGCCAGCCUCAGCGUCUCGGGGCCCAAAGGCCAAGCCAGAAGGCUCUCCUCUUGCCUCCAGGGAUCAGAAUGACAACAGAAGUCUUUUGGGUUGUGCCGGCAAGCGGAUGAGUGGGGAACUGGGGCAGGAGCGGCAGGUGCACGCCCAGGCGCUCAGGGGCGAGGCGGGCCAGGUGGUUCGUGAGGAGGAGCCCAGUGCAGCAGAGGGGGCGGAUGACACACUAGUUGAGGUUUUAGAGGGCAGGAGCCCUGACCUCCCUCCUAGGAGCCCCUGAAGGCCAACCUUGGGGACACCUAUGAGCGGGAGGUGGCAAAGCAAACCCCCCACCCCUCCUUCGUUGGUGAGUGUCGCUGUGGUAGCCUCAGGUCGUUCUGCCACUCCAUCUGACCCAGCUCCGUUGAUAAGAACUGAACCGUUUGGAGUAAUAACAUUGGUCCAGGUCGAUGGCUUUGAGGGUGGAGUUUUCUGGAAGUCUGAUUGUGGGAUAGAGAUGUUCAAGCACUUAAAAAACCCAAGGAAGUAAGAAAAAAUUCCAAAUGACACCUGCUUCCCUCUUGAGCUCUUCUAAUUUAUCCACAGAACCCAGAAAGCUUCGAUUUGGGGGACCACCCAUACCCGAUGAGUUGAAAGAAGACCAUGGAAGAAGUAUCAGAUGGGGAACAAAGUUUGUUUCCUUAUUGAAUGAACCCUGACUUUUGACUCUUAGGGACCCAGUUUGGAGAGAUGGGACUCUCAGAGGAAAAGUGUGAGCUCUUAGGUGGGAGAGAUUAAGGGAGGGGGGUGCACCUCUCUGCUCUUUUCUCUGCCAGGCCUGCUUUUGCCCUCCCCCUCGACUCCCCUGCAGAGGCUGGAGAGUCGCUAAGUAGACUGGGAAAAUCCUAGAAUAUUCACUUUUCAUACACACGCAGGGUUCCUGUUCAUGUUCUGCCUUUCAUCCUCAUUGCCUGCUUCCUGGUGAGUGAGCCGACCUCUGCAUGCAGGGCCUGGCAUUUUCUCCCACCUUCUCUGUGUUUCACCCCCCGGGAAGUUAAGCGGAGAUCUUCAGAGCGGACCUGCCUUCCUUGCCCCUUCCUGCUCUUCAGCUUCUCCCUCCAGUUAACUAGCCAGAGGGCAGGAAGGUCCCAAGAGUUCUGGGGGACAAGAAUGUGCGCUCAGGCUUUGAAGUGUUUGAGUUGUAGGUUCUGUGAAUAAAAAUGGUACUUGGAUUCCCAUUUGGGGUCAGAUGGUCUUAGGAGGCCUGUGGGGAGGAGGGGUGACUGGGAGGGAAGGACUCAGGCACUCCUGGCUUCCCAGCCCUAAGGCCAUCCAGUGCCACCACAUGAAGACAUGAGGACACUUCUCACGUUAUAGUAAGACAGAAAAAUUCUGAAAAACUUGGUUGUUCAUUUCUGUCCUCUGAGUAGACUAGCGUACCAUGUGUCUUGUGUGUGUGUGUGUGUGUGUGUGUGUGUGUGUGUGUGUAGGGGGAGGGAGCGGGAUACCCAAUGCCAAUGGUUCUCAAACAGUGUCCCGGGAGGCCCAAGGCAUGCUCAAAGAUGUAAUCCAAAUCUAUUUUUUUCAUGUCUUAAAAAAAACAAAAACUGGAACUUGAACACGUCUUAAGCCAAACCAGUCACCUAGGAGAUGAUCAGAAUAUUACCUUGGGUUCCUAAGUGAACUUGAUUUUGUGCAGCUCUCCAGUGAGUUGUUUCUGCCAUCUAUUUGCAUAUAGGUAAUCUUCUAGUAAGUGUGGCUGAUGAGAGAGGUUGCAAGUGGGUGAGAUUGCAUCCUGCCCCUGCCCCGUGCUGUACCGCUCCGGAAGAAGUUUCCCUCUGUAAUUCACACACUCCUGUUACACGCUGUGAUUUUCAGCUGUAUGAUAGCACGUCGGUGUAUUCACGUGGCGCCCAGUAAUAAUGUCGUCGUGUGGCGUUUCAGCCCUUUGAUGUGUCCAGGGGCUCUCUUCUGACUUCAGUUUCUGUGCUUGGGAAUGUGAACAGUUGUUAGAUGUUGUUAGUAAUUCCGCCUUGAAAAUAAACGUCU